AACAAAAAAAAGAAUAUUGUGCCGUCUUCACUCAUCUGGACUGAGACUCAUAGACGUGCCACACAAGUCUAGAAGGUUUGGCUAUUGUUACCUACAUCUGGUCAGCGCUGCAGCAUGCCUCUGACAGUGUCUCGGGGUGAAGGACUGACCGUCAUCACCAUCACCUCAAACCCAAAGAGCAAAUGGCCCGUACUGUGUCAGAUUCUGGGUUUUCUCUGCUACAGUCCAGUGUGUUCUGUAUCUCAGGGUAUGAAAGGGAAGCUGAAGGAUGUCCACACAGCUCUUGGAAUUGUGCAGAUGAUAAUUGGUGUCCUCAAUAUUGCUGUAGGGAUUGUGUUUACAUGCCUUGGGUCGUGGUUUAUCAUGUAUAGAACAGCCUUUGGACCCUUUUGGAUUGGUAGUGUGUUCCUUGUAGUUGGAAUCAUGUGUAUUCUCUCAGCAAAGUUUCCCACUUCUUGUCUGCUGACCACUGGGAUCAUUCUGAAUUUAGUCAGUGCUGGAUUGGCUAUCGCAGCUGUUGUGCUGUAUUCAGUGGACCUUGCUAAUGAUCAUACAUAUGAAAACUGUGAAACCAGCAGUUACUAUUAUUCACAUUAUGAUGGCUAUGGUUAUGGUUAUGGUAAUAAAACGCCUUCCCCUGAAAAUAGUAAGAGGAGAGAGGAGUGUCUGUACUACAAGAAUCUCAUUGAGAUGAUCCUCGGAGGACUAGAUAUCAUGAUGAUAGCGCUGUCGGUCUUUCAGCUCUGUGUGACGAUCAGUUUCUGUGUUUUGACUGGGAAAGCUUUGUGCAAGAAGGAUGAAGAUGUAAAGUCGGUGGAGGAUCCAGAACUUCACAAGCCGGUCCUGGAAGAUGCCACUCCUGGUCCUGCAUGACACAGAUAAAGAUAAACACACAAAUUUACAAAGUUAUUCUUUUUUCUUGUAAUGGAAUGGCAUUUUGUCUCUCAUUAUAAUAGUGAAAUGAUGUCACUGCAGUACAAUAAUCAUGU